AGGGUUAGUUCGUUGAGUAGUGAAGUUUUUUCCUCGACCCUGGGAACAUUGCGUUACACACACGACACGACUUGUAUCGUCAGUUUUCGCUUACGCUUACAGCUGAAAUUUACAUUUUACCGUAUAGAAAACUAUUGGAGCACACUGGAGGUUACUUGUAAGAACGUAUUUGGUAUUUGUUCGCGCAGGCAGGCAGACGGCGAAGACCGAAUACUCGACAUUUGUGGAUUUUUAACGUACGGUAUCGCCUGAUACCGGAAACGAAAGCAGGACUGGAUAUUUGUAUUAGGUGCAAUGGAAGGCCCACUAGAGAUAAAAAACUCGGGCACAGGCGUGGAAGAGCCUAUAAAGUCCGAAGCUCCUGUACAAAAUUCUGAUAAUAAUGAACGAAGCGAUGGUGCAGCCUCUCCACCUCCAAAUUGUAGCAUUUGCCUGGGAAAGCUAAUUAAUACAUCUUUCACGGACAGUUGCCUGCAUCAAUUUUGUUUUACUUGCUUACUUCAAUGGUCCAAAAUUAAGACGGAAUGUCCUUUAUGCAAGCAAACAUUCAAAUCGAUUAUACACAACGUAAGAUCGGAAGAAGAUUACGAUCAGUAUCAUGUACCUCGCGAAUUGGUAUCGCAAAUUCCUCAGCCACAAGUAACUGCUACUUUGGAUGUUAAUUUUGAUGUCGAUUGGGAUGCUGCUCCUCGUCGAUUUGUUUACAGGACGACGAUGACCGGCAAUCGUCGGCACGGAGUGUUAUUGAAUCCGGAGCAGGUUACAAGACGCGAGCAGUUGCCCAGUAUGGCACCUCAAGUACCUAGGGAAGAACGUAGACGUAGACGUGCUAAUCCUACAGAUUAUCGUCGCACUGUUUAUAGACAUGGUUUAUGGGCUAGUCCAUUACCUGACAUAUUUGGACGUUUCCGCGAAUGUAGCGCUGAAUAUUAUAGAAGACAACCACAAGAAUUAGAUCGCCUUAUACCAUGGCUAAAUAGAGAACUGCAAGUUUUACUUAAUAACGAACCAACCCAUAUUGCAUAUGUGUUGAGUGUAAUAAUGGAUGCCUUAACUCAAUAUGAUAUUAGAACUUCGGAAUUUCGGAAUAUGGUCCGGCCCUUUUUCGCUAUACAUACAGAACAUUUUUCACACGAAUUGUUGAAUUUUGCCCGAACUAAUUUUGAUUUAUAUGGAUAUGAUCAAUCUGUUACUUAUAUGCCACGCGGUGGUUUAUCAAAUGAGUAUGCAACUCAUAUUGAAUCGCCUACAUCCAGUAGCGUUAGCAGCAGUAGCAGCAGUCUUACUUUUGACAACUCUGAUGUACGAAUACUCGCUGAAGCGAUCGAUUUGAGAGUGAACGCCGAGAUGUCGAAUACAUUACCAAAUCCUAUUAACAUGCCUGGUCCUAGUGCAGCAGGACAGACGUUUAGCAGAGUAGAAACAUCUAAUACUGUACCAGAAGUCUUAAUCAUUUCAUCGAGUUCCUCUGAAUCGGAUGGCGAAUGUGAAAUAAUUGGUUAUGUAAAACCACGUCAUGAAAGAACACCGGAAAUCAUAGAAUUACUUUCCUCUGACUCUGAGCAGGAGUGCGUUCCUCAUAUAUUGAAUGGAAAUAAGCAAUCGACCAUAAGAAUACAUUUGGAAAAUAUGUCGUUACCAAGUACAUCUCACGGAACAAAAGGAUCGUCUCUGUCGUCUUGUUCAGCAACGAGUAGUGAUGCUACUUCCGACAGUAAUUACAAUCCAAUGCAAAGUAGACGAAACCGUUCGAGGAAAUCAGGGAAAAAGGCAAUCACACAAAAGUAUAAAAGAUCAUAUGGAACAGGAAGCCGAAAUAAAUCAUCUAAGAAAAAGAAAGUAUCCAAUUCUAGUGACUCCAGCUCAUCUGAAAGUUCACUAAAGAAAUGUAACGAAAAACGAUUGAGAAAGACGAGAUAUAGAGUACAGGCUAAAGGUACAGGACGAAUAAAACUUAUUAAAAGAGAAGAGAGCUAUUCAGAAGAGGAUUCAUCUAGCAGUGAGAGUAGUAGCACGGAUACCGAUAACAAGACGAAAACCAAGAAGAGUUACAGAGAAUAUAAAUUGAAAAGGGACUGUUCCUCUAGUGUAAAUGAUCGUACAGCGAAAAGUGGGAAAACAACGAGAAGUAAAGAGAAAACUUUGAAUCUGGAAAAAAUAAAGUCUAAGAAUAAGGAUCCAAAGUGUAGCGAAAACAGACAAUCUAGAUCUAGAAGUAACAGUACAUCUUCUAAUGCUUCUGAACGAGAUAAAAGGCCGAGCUAUAAGCACCGGGAAUCUCGAAAUACGAACGAGUUUGGAAGUCAAGAUGGCAGUGCUUCAAUAAAUAAAGAAGUGUCAAGAAGUGAAUGUAAAUCUAAAUCAAAAAAGAAAAUAUAUUACUCUUCGGACUCAGAGGAUGAUCGUUUAAGAUCUAGUAGUCAGUGUAGUAAUUAUUCUAAUAAAUCCUAUUCGCAUUGGAAAAAAUCAAAACGUAAAGAAAAACAUAAAGAUAAGGAACGUCAUAGAUCCAGUGGUAGAAUAUUUAAUUUAUCGCAAUCCAAUGCAAGUACAAUUUUAACGAUGUCUAUAUCGUCGAAAAAUGACAUGUAUCCGACGAAACAUUCCGAUCGUAACGGUUCUGAUUGUAAAGAAAAACACAAAUCACGCAAAGAAUCCAAGUAUAGAAAGUCCGAAAAUGAAAAAAAGUCGAGACCAAAGAAAAAAAGGCGACGUCUUCAAUCUUCCUCCACUUCGGGAUAAUAUCAUAUUAUUCGAUUUGUGUUAGUUAAUGUCAUAAAAUAAAUUCUGAUUUAAGGAAAUGACAUUCAAAUCAAUUUUUAUAAGAGAUGCAAUGAAUAGUAUUUAAUCAAGUUUAAUUUCAUAUUACUGUAGUUUAUAUCAAUUUAUUUGUAGAUAUAUCGUUCCCCAUCAUGAUGCUACAUUUUAUGAUCAUUAUUUGUUAUAUAAUUUCAAUAAUAUUUUAAAAAGAUAAACGUAAGAUUACUUAAGAUUAAUCAUAAAUGACAAUGUAAUACCAACUUCCUUAAGAUUCCUUUUUUUUUUCUUACCAAUUAAAUGUUUAUCUAUCGGCAUUUUAUUAUAUCAACUUGUGACGCAAAAAUAUUUCCAUAUUUUACAUUAAUAAAAACAAAUAACGUCUUGUUCUUUAUUCUUCAUGAUGAAUAAAUGCAUACAUUAAAAAUUUAUAUUUGCACAAUGCAACUUUCGACAUAAAACAUUGUCUUGUUAUAGCAUUUCUGAUGACUGAACAAAAAAAAUUGUUGCUAUAAUAAUAUUGCCAUGUACAAGAAGUUUAUAUAUUAUUACGCAGAGUUGGGGACAUUACUUUAAAAAAGUAAUGCGUUACCGUUAUUUUUUGUAAAAAGUAACUCGUUACUCCCCAACUCUAUUAUCACGCUACCUUUUAUGAAAAUGUAAUAUUGCUCACAGUAUAUGUAUAUACGCAUGCAAUAUACAUAUGUAUGUGUGCAUAUCAUUAAUAUUGGCAAUUAGAGAACAAUUUGUGCAUA